AUGGUAUCUUCCUUCUCACCGCCGUCUUCGAGUGGUCGUCAUGUAUCAGUCUCCUCUUUGGUGUUGCAAUCAAGCCCAGGAGGUGGAGGAGCCGACGACUUUGGUCCUCUUACCUCCCAAUUGGCACGACUAGAUCAACAAUUUCAAAUGCAACAACGAAAUUCCAAAAAGCCCAAAUCACGAUGGUCCAAACUAGUCUUGCCAGCCGCAACCGAAGAAGCCGCCGGAACCAAUGUCAAGGAAGAUCACGUCUGGAUUUUAGAGCCACCCACUGGGACUACCAUUCCGUCGUGCAUGAUUGUCUUUACAGGAGGUGCUGGGUUGGGACAAUUUCCACACAUUGCCUACAAUGAACUGCUCUUGCGUAUAUCCAACAGACUCAAUGCGGUUUGCAUCUCGGCACCCUACCAAAUCACAGGAUUGGAUCAUUUCACCAUGGCCAAGGAUACUGGAGAACGAAUGCGGAAAGCCGUCAUGUUGUGUCAAGACGACCCCUCCAAACAAUAUCCUGCCAAUCUUCCGACCUAUGCCUUGGCCCAUAGUUUGGGCGGCAAGUUGCAGACGAUUUAUUUGGGGGCGACGGGUCAAGACUAUGAUGGAGUUGGUUUGAUUUCCUUCAACAACUUUUCCUUUGGCCGAACCAUUUCCAUGGUCAGGGAAUUUGCCUCGCAACUGCAACAGACUACUUCUCCAGGUGCUGCUGGUUUUGGUGGUAUGGGAGACAAUACGGCCCUGCUGAAUACCGUCUUUGGGUUUGCCGAGAAUUUUGUGACUGGCAUGGGGGUCGAUUUCACACCCAAUCCCGCCGAUACCGAGCGGCUCAUUCAAAUGCGGUACAGCAAGGACUUGCAAGCCAAGACUCGCAUGUUUGUCUUGGAUGAUGACAAUAUGGACAGCAGCGAAGAGUUUGUCAAUCUCUGUAGUACUAGUGAGGAUGAGGACGGGAGCAACAAUGCAGGACCAAUCACAGUGAGUGGCGUACCAGGUGGACACUUGGCAUCGGUCUUUAUCAAAUUCGGAUUGGACGAUUUGGAUUUGGGCAAUUUGGAUUUUGGUGCCGGCAUGAAUGGUGGUUCCAUGCCCUUUGAUCCCAAGACCAUGGCUAAGGAAGCCAUGGGGGGAUUGGAAAGUGCUGCCUUUGGGGUCGAAAGUGAUUUGAAUGGAUUGGUGGACGAGAUUUGCAAUUGGAUUCUGGGAAAGGCACCGAAACGAGGAGCCAGCUGGGAUGAAAGUUCUUCGUCUUCGUCGUCGGGACAAGUUCCACCAAGACUAGCACAAGGAUCUUCCUCUGACUCCUAA